AUUUUUUAUAUUCAAUUUGUUGAAAGACAUAAAAUUUCAAAUGGUGCUAUUAAUAUUAAGAUACAAUACAUAACUUUUUAUGUCAAUAAUUUAUUGUAUACAUUAAAUAACUGAAUGCUUCACAAAGCAGUAGUUAUAGUUUAUUUAUUAUUUUAUUAUUAGGAACAUUAUACAUACUCUACUCAACAACAACAAAUUUGUUUUUUUACUUGGCAUGAUGUUCAAUUUAAUGCAGUUAUCGAUACAAUGAAAAUUUGUAUAAUCACAUGAUUUUUAUAUUGCAAAGAGAAUAAAGUAUAUAAACUUGUCUUUUUUUAAAUAUAUUUUGGAAAUAUCAGAAGCAUAAAAAUUUUAUAAGUAUUCAAAGAAUUUGUAUGCUUUCAUUGCAAUACUAUAGAAAUAAAUGCAAUUUUCAUCAUGAACAAUACUUAAAUAAUAAUCUGUGAUGAACUGAUUUUUAUUAUUUAUCUUUCUACCUAUACAUAUAUAUGUAUUUCGUGUGCAUGUGUAUAUAUUGUAAAACUAUAUUAUAUUAUGAUUUAUAACAAGAUGAAACAAAUGUAAGACAAUUUUAUAUCAACUUUGUCAAAAUCACUAAUGCCUUAGCUUAAAUAUUGGAGUUAAUUGUAAAUUUACGUAUUGUACCAAUUAUAUUUCGCAAAAUGUUGAAUUUUUAAAUAAUUAAUAUAACAAUGUAUUAUGAGAAUGGUAUAUAUUAUUUGUAUAUAUGUAAAUAAAUUGUUAUAAUAUCUAUUAUACAAGCUAUAUCAUAAAGUCAUAUCAAAGAAAAACAUAUACUUAAAAGUGCAUAUUAUGUACAGAGCAAAUGUGCUUGAAUUUCGUGUUACUAUAGUUCUACUUGAAACAAAAUACACUGAGAUGUGUGUACAUAAGAUAUCCUGUAUUAAUGAUGAUAAUGGGGUAUGCAAUAUGUAAAUGAAACAGUUGGGAGAUGCUAGAAAUAACUUAGUGUGUUUCAUGGGCCCAUACACAAAGUAUGUAUUGCAAGAAUGUGCAAUUAUCGUAUUACGUUGCUUGUUAAUAGUAUCGUUAAAUGUCGUUCGAGUUGUAAGAGUAAAAUUGAAGUACGAAAUUGUGAGAAAGAAUAAAUUAAAAUUAACAUGAUCUGUAUUAUAAAAUGUGUAAUAUUGGUGACAGCUAUACCAAUUAUUGCUGGAUACUUUAGCUAUAGUAAACGUGAUCAGCAUACAUGGACUCAAAAUUUUAAAUUAUGUGGUGGAAAAUUGCAAUCUCCAAUAUCCCUAUCAUCAUCCAAAUCAAUAACUCUUCCUUUACCUGCACUUGAAGUAAUUGGCUAUCAUGAUUUUCUACCCAGUCCAUUAUAUUUGGAAAACAAUGGUCAUUCAGUUGUAAUUAAUAUAAAUAGUCACUUAAGAAAAAGACUACCUUAUAUAUUUGGAGGCUCACUUGAUAUAAAUCAAGAAUAUGAAGUAGAUCAUUUGCACUUUCAUUGGGGCGCAAAAAAUAACAGGGGAUCUGAGCAUAUUUUAAAUGGUGUUAGAUAUCCUAUGGAAAUGCAUAUAGUUCAUAAAAAUAGGGCUUAUUCAAAUUUAUCUAAUGCACUAAAUUACAAAAAUGGUCUUGUAGUUCUAGGAAUCUUUUUCCAAUUACAGGAAGAAGAUAACAAAUCCUUACACUCUAUCGUAAAUGCCUUAACGAACGUGCAAUUUUUAAAUAAUGAAAUAGCAUUAAAUAAGCCUAUAAGGCUAGUUUCAUUAUUGCCUAAAAAUACGGAUGUAUUUUAUACUUAUAAGGGUUCAUUAACUACACCACCAUGUAAUGAAGUAGUAACCUGGAUAAUUUUUCCCACGCCUGUAUCAAUAUCUGUUUCGCAGUUAAAGAAAUUUAGAAAUCUUUUCAGUAAAGAUGGUAUGUUAAUUGAUAAUUAUAGAAAAUUACAAGAUAUAGGACUUAGAAAAGUGUAUGUUAGAAGAUUAAAUCCAUAUUUAGUUGCAAAAUAUAACGAAGAGAUUUUUAAUGUUACGAAUUUAAAGUGGUUUUCGUAAUUAAAUGAAUUCUAGAUUAAAUUAAUUUUCCAACUUUGAGUUGUUUAAAGAAAAUAAAAUAUGAUAUAUUCUUGUAAAGUAUUUAAAAAAAAUAUUGAAUUGAAAAUGUAAAUUUCUAUGAUGUUCAAUUAAGAAUUAUGAGUAAUCUUAGAAAUAAUUUACAUUACACAAAGA